AUGGCGAUUCUCAAAGAAUCGGACCCUAGGAAAGAAGAUGGUGGAUAUGCUUCGGAAGAUAGUGAGAGCGAUGAUGAGCAAGAUCGACUUGAUAGGGAGCUUGAUUCGAUGUAUGAGAUGUAUCAGGAACAGAAGUCAAGUGCUGAUGCAAAGUUCCGCGCCAAGAAGGCAAGGAAGGAGCAUGAAGAUGGUGACUGGGAAGGGUUUUCGGCGGAGGAGGCACAGAGCGACAACGAUAAUCUGGAGGAGGAUAGUGGUGAUGAUUCGGACGAGGAAGAACCUCUCAAACAAUCUUUGCUGACGGAUCUGGAACGAAAUGAUAAGAGCGCGAGUGGGCUUUCGAAAAGGGCAUCUCAAUUUUUCGAUCAGGAUAUCUUCAAGGACAUUGGAGGUAUACCUGAAGAGGAAUCUGAGGAAGAAGUCGAACAGGAAGAUGAAGAAGUUCAAGCCGACCUUGACAAGCUUAUGAAGGGCAGAGUGGUUGAAGAGGAAGAAGAAGACGAGAUCGUGGAAGAAGCGCCCGAAGCAAGCGACAGCAGUGAUGAUGAAAAUGGGUUCGAAGUUGUAAAACGCAGAGAAGGUGAAGCACAAUGGGAAGAUGAAGAGCCCAAAAAGGAUGGGCGCUUAGACAUCGACAUCAUCACCGCCGAAGCGAUGACCCUCGCCCAGCAAAUCGCCUCCGGCCAAAAAUCCAUGUACGACCUCGCCGAUGAAAGUUUCAACAAAUACGCCUUCAAAGACCGUGACGGUCUCCCCGACUGGUUCCUCGAUGACGAAGGCAAACACGAUAGACCGCAUCGACCAAUCUCGGCAGCCGGGGCAGCAGCCAUCAAAGAAAAGCUCCGAGCUCUGAACGCUCGACCGAUCAAGAAGGUGCGAGAAGCCAAAGACCGCAAGAAGUUCAAGGCAGCGCAACGACUUGAGAAAUUGAGGAAAAAGUCUGCAUUGUUGGCUGAUGAGGAGGGCAUGACCGAGAAGGAGAAAGCGAACAGUAUUGGGAAGUUGAUGAGUAAAGCAGCGAAGAAGAAACCAAGGCAAAAUGUGAAGGUUGUGGUUGCCACAGGUGGUAAUCGAGGAAUUGCGGGCAGACCAAGGGGUGUUAAGGGUAAAUAUAAGAUUGUUGACGCUAGAUUAAAGAAGGAUGUUAGGGGUCUGAAGCGGGCGGCCAAGAAAAGGAAGUGA